AUGGCUUAUGAAAUAUUCUUCAAUGACUUCAAGGUCAAGUUUACCCUCGAGCAUGAUUGGUUAGAACUUCACCAUGAUCAGAAAUGGUGUGGUGCUUCAAAGACUAAAGACAAGGUAAGCUCAAAAAGAAGAAAAUUGAAUGAUCAGUCCGCACAGUCAGCGUCUUUUGUGCCAGGGUGCGAUGGUGAGGAUGAAGCAUCGGCUCGGCCCAUUGGUGUCAAAGCAGCAAAGGGAAAAGGUAAAAGCAAGGCAAAGACUUCGGACGAGGCAGUGGAGUUUCAGGGCAUCUGGGAGAUAAAGCAAAGGGAUUUUGAGUUAAAGGAGAAGCUUAACAAGCAAAAGUUGCUUGAUAGCCUCAUUGCCAAGACAGAGCCUCUAGAUGAACUAGAAAUCUCUUUGAAAAACAAACUAAUAACUGACAUGUUGCUAAGUUAG